AAUUAGAUUUAGGGCUUCACUUUGCAAACCGUUCGAGUUUGGUGCACUUCGAAGAUGGCGGCCACAGGUGCUAAACCCGCUUUCACAACCGUACCUUCUCCUUCAAUCUCUUCUUCUUCUUCUUCUUCUUCCCUGAAAAACAUUCUCAGAUCGACGAUCCCAUUUUCCUCAUUCCCAAACAACCCUUCUAAACCCCAACGUCGUUCUAUUCGAAUCUCAAGUUCCCUCACCAACCCAACCCCCAAAGCCACCUCCUCCACCACCACCACCGUCUCCACGACCACCACCACCACCACCACCGAACAUUUCAUUUCCCGAUUCGCCGCCGACGAGCCUCGGAAGGGUGCCGACAUCCUCGUAGAAGCUCUCGAACGCCAAGGCGUCACCGAUGUCUUCGCCUACCCUGGCGGCGCCUCCAUGGAGAUCCACCAGGCACUCACGCGCUCCGCCACCAUCCGCAACGUCCUCCCCCGUCACGAGCAAGGUGGGAUUUUCGCCGCCGAGGGUUACGCCCGAUCCUCUGGGCUCCCCGGCGUGUGCAUCGCGACCUCCGGCCCCGGUGCGACGAACUUGGUGAGUGGGCUCGCUGAUGCGAUGCUUGACAGUGUGCCACUUGUUGCAAUCACCGGCCAAGUACCCCGAAGAAUGAUCGGCACUGAUGCGUUCCAAGAGACACCGAUAGUUGAGGUAUCAAGAUCUAUCACUAAACACAAUUAUCUUGUUCUGGAUGUAGAUGAUAUUGCUAGGAUUGUGAAUGAGGCGUUUUUCUUAGCAACUUCUGGUAGACCUGGCCCUGUUCUAAUUGAUAUACCUAAAGAUGUUCAACAACAGCUUGCGGUUCCCAAUUGGGACCAACCAAUCAAGUUGUCUGGGUACAUGUCUAGGUUGCCUAAGUCCCCUAAUGAGGCACUGUUAGAGCAGAUUGUGAGGUUACUCUUGGAAUCAAAGAAACCUGUUCUGUAUGUUGGUGGUGGUUGUUUGAACUCAAGUCAGGAAUUGAGGAAAUUUGUUGAUCUUACUGGGGUGCCUGUUGCUAGUACUUUGAUGGGACUUGGGGCUUAUCCAACCGCCGAUGAUAAUUCACUUCAAAUGCUUGGAAUGCAUGGAACUGUUUAUGCUAACUAUGCUGUGGAUAAAAGUGAUCUUUUGCUUGCAUUUGGGGUGCGGUUUGAUGAUCGCGUGACCGGAAAGCUCGAGGCUUUUGCUAGUCGAGCCAAGAUUGUUCACGUAGACAUUGAUUCGGCUGAGAUUGGAAAAAACAAGCAGCCACAUGUGUCUAUUUGUUCGGAUUUGAAGUUGGUCUUGAAAGGAAUUAAUAGCAUAUUGGAGCGCAAAGGAAUGAAAGGUAAACUUGAUUUUAGAGCUUGGAGAGAUGAGCUGAAUAAGCUGAAACUUAAAUUCCCAUUGAGUUAUGAGACGUUUGAGGAAGAUAUUCCUCCACAAUAUGCCAUACAGGUUCUUGACGAGCUGACAAAUGGAAAUGCUAUCAUAAGUACUGGAGUUGGACAACACCAGAUGUGGGCCGCUCAAUUUUACAAAUACAAGAGACCCAGGCAGUGGUUAACAUCCGGUGGUCUUGGUGCUAUGGGGUUUGGAUUGCCUGCCGCCAUUGGAGCUGCUGUGGCCAACCCAGGUGCUGUGGUAGUUGACAUAGAUGGUGAUGGAAGUUUUAUGAUGAAUGUUCAGGAGCUGGCCACUAUAAAGGUGGAAAAUCUCCCUGUGAAGAUAUUGUUGUUGAAUAAUCAACACUUGGGUAUGGUUGUUCAAUGGGAAGAUCGCUUCUAUAAAUCUAACAGAGCUCACACUUAUCUUGGGGAUCCAUCCAACGAGAAUGAAAUAUUCCCAAAUAUGUUGAAGUUUGCAUAUGCUUGUGGUAUACCAGCAGCUCGUGUGACAAAGAAAGAAGACCUCAGAGCAGCAAUUCAGAAAAUGUUGGAUACCCCUGGCCCCUAUCUUCUUGAUGUCAUUGUACCACAUCAAGAGCAUGUCUUGCCGAUGAUUCCUAGUAAUGGAACCUUUGAGGACAUGAUAACUGAGGGUGAUGGCAGAACAAGUUACUGAUUUCCUGAGCCAAAUUCAUCCUGAUGGUGGUUUUGUAUAAAAUUGUAGGUUAUCAGCUUAUAGUUUUUUUUUAUAAUGUUGGCAACUAAGACAGACUGUUUGUUCCUACACAAUUUCCAUUUCAUUAUAUGUUUCCUUUGUUAUUUGGUUGAUUAUUUUGUUACUUGAAAUUGUUUUUCUCUCUGCCUCGGGUAUCUGGUCGUAUUUGAUGUUUACGAGUGAAAUGUCUGUAAUAUUAAGCGCUGAUCUGGUAAUGAGCUAUGGUAAAGACAUAAAUUUGCUUAUUAUCAUUAUUAGUGGAAGAUCUUAUUUCUUAUGGUCAGAUGGGCGUGUUUGGGACUUAGGUUGAACUGGUACUUGUGAUCUUAUGGUUGUUCUAUAAGUGUUAUGACUCUUAUCAUACAUACUGAGUUCUUUGUCACUUUUAGGUACUAAUAUUGACAGUGAUAUGGCUUGGCUGUCCGUAUUAGUUCUUGAACUCCAA